AUGGAGUGUCUCCAGGGGCAGAGCAAGCCACGCAGCCGAGCGCCCAAGUCGUCCAGGAAAAAGAAAGAUCCCAUAGCCAACUCACAGCCAACCUCGACUGUGUCCACGGGUAAUUCAGCAUCUCAGGAUCAGACUGCCCGCGAUGGAGAACUCCCGAGUUUCAUCAAAGCGCUGCCUGCUCAUCUGACUGUUGAGGACAUUUCAUAUCUGCGGCACAGGGGAAUCUUUCAGAUUCCUGCCACUGGAUGCCGCAAUGAAAUCCUGCGAGCCUACUUUCACUUCGUGCAUCCUCUCAUGCCGUUAUUGGACGUCGAAACCUUCCUAGGUCCUAUGUUAGCAGGAGACUGCAGUGAUAAGAUCAGUUUGAUGUUGCUUUAUGCUGUACUUUGUUCUGGCGCAGCACACAUCGAGAUUGGAGUCUUGCAGGCUCUCGGGUAUGAAACUAGGAAAUCUGCCCGAAAGGCAUUCUUCGACAGAGCUAGGCUCCUCUAUGAUUUCGAUUGCGAGUCCGACCGUGUCGCGUUGGUUCAAGCCUCCCUCUUGAUGACCUACUGGUGGCAAACAGGGACACAGCACAAAGACCGCCGGUUUUGGAUUCGCGAAGGCGUGAGUCUCGCGCUUGAUUUAGGUCUCGAAAGGGAUCUGGAAACAUCCACGUCAAUGCGACGGCGUCGAAUCCUCAAGAGGCUUUGGUGGUGCUGCUUCAUGCGCGAUCAGUUCGUUGCGCUGAUGACAUGGACUCCAGCACAUCUUGGUGCCAGACAUCGUCAUUUGCCAAUGCUCGAACUGGAAGACUUCGAUCUAGAGCCAUAUUCAGCACUGAUCAGGGAGAAUUUUGGGCAGUGGCCACUGGUGAGUCAUGCUGAAACAAGAUCACAGCUCGCAGGUUUGUGUAUCGAGAAGGCGAGGCUAUGUGUAUGUAUCAGCAGAAUUCUGGAAGCUCGGUAUGCGAGUCGACGUCAAGAAGCUGGAAACCAGAUGAUGACCAUUCUGGUUCCCAAAAGAGCAGCGGCGAGCCAAUACGAGGUGAUUGAGCAUGACCACGAGCUCCAAGGCUGGUACCACAAUCUGUCAGAGAGCAAGACCUUGGACAUUCGAGACGCGAUCAUUUCACGGCCCAAAGCCGGGAUGGACGCUGUUUCUGUUCAAAAAGCCCAUCUCAAGCUUUUGUUCUUGUCCGCGACCCUUGCUCUUUAUCGACCGCUGGCCGUGGGUUCGGCCAAUAUGCGUCUGAGCGCGUCCCAGGAGUUGUCAAGUCGAAAGCUGCGAGAAACAGCCGAGGAAGUGGCGCACAUCGCGAAAUCUAUUCGAGACUUGGAAUUGGGAACUCCGCUGUCGCCAAAGGGGGUCACGUUAUUCUUGCCCAUACUUCUCGUCCAUCUCCAGGACCUCAAACCGGAGACUGACCUCCUUCACAAGAGCAGACUGGAAAAGUACUAUGACUGUAUGCAUAUCUUGGACUCGAUCGGAGGCGCUGUGUCUGAAGAUGGACUUCUUACGGAGCUCGAGACGGCGUUCCAACGACUGAAUAUCGUUCCUGCCAUCGAGCAGUCGCCCACUAUCCCCAGACCACUUUCAACAUCUUGCUGGCAGGCAUCUGUAGGCAUCGAUCAUUCUUCGAUACCCCAGCUUUCGAGUCUCGGUAUUGUGACCAGUUUCGAGAUGGACUUCUUACGAGACCUCACUGGUGGAGCGACGAUCAUGAUGAACUCAUCGGAGGAAGUACCACGAGAUGAUCGUUCAGAUCCAGCGAAGCAAGCUGGCGCUGAAUGA